ACCAAGUACACGCUGAUAGACGAGCAGGAUAUCCCGCUGGUGGAGAGCUACUCCUUCGAGGCUCGAAUGGAAGUAGAUGCAGACGGAAAUGGUGCUAAGAUAUUUGCAUAUGCCUUCGACAAAAAUCGAGGCAGGGGAUACGGCAGGCUCCUCCAUGAGCUGCUGUGGGAGCGUCACAGGGGCGGCGUGGCUCCUGGCUUUCAGGUGGUGCAUCUCAAUGCUGUGACUGUGGAUAAUCGCCUGGACAACUUGCAGCUGGUGCCAUGGGGCUGGCGACCCAAAGCUGAGGAGACCUCCGGCAAACAGAGGGAACAGAGCUUGUACUGGCUUGCGAUCCAGCAGCUUCCCACAGACCCCAUAGAAGAGCAGUUCCCUGUCCUGAAUGUGACCCGGUACUACAAUGCCAAUGGGGACGUGGUGGAAGAGGAGGAGAAUUCCUGUACCUACUAUGAAUGCCACUACCCGCCCUGCACAGCCAUCGAGAAGCAGCUCCGGGAGUUCAACAUCUGUGGGCGUUGCCAGGUGGCCCGGUACUGCGGCUCCCAGUGCCAGCAGAAGGACUGGCCUGCCCACAAGAAGCACUGUCGGGAGAGGAAGCGACCCUUGCAGCACGAGCUUGAGCCGGAACGAUGACGGGCAGUGGAGCAGUCAUGCUGCAGGCUGUGGCUUCCAGCUCUUCUGUGGAUACAGCGGAGACUGGCGGUUGAAUCUGGAGGUGCUGAGGAAGCCAGUGUCUUGGCCCAGUCACCUUGAAACUUCCUACAGCACACACAGUUUGUGGGGACAGUGCCCUCCAGUGUUAAUCUCCACCAGAGACAAGGGGGAGGUUCCCCAGGACGUUUCUCAUUAUUUAUAUGUUAAUAUGUUUGUAAACUCAUGUACAGUUUUUUUGGGGGGGAGACAAGGGAAUGGUUAGAAACUACAAAUAGAAUCACUUGCUGAAAUCCUCAAGUAGCAAACAGUUGGCUGUGUAUCUAGAAACUGUCAUGUAGCUGAGCUUCAGUCCUUGGCAGUGGGGCCCAGGUGUGGCCUGCACAGGUCGAGUCUGAAAGGGCAGAGUAAAGGGGUGGAACUGUCUCUGUCUUGGCUGUCCUCUCCUCUCCCUGUGCAGUGUAGGUUCAGGCUGGCUUCAGUGUGGACUCAGCCAUGUGGCGUGGAUGGGAGAACCUACCCUGAUUCCACACGGCCUCUUGAGGAGCAGAGUGUGCCGGGCCUUUCUCUGGAGCUUGACCGGCAGUGCUGGUGGCAGGGGCUGUGGGAUCUCACUGUGUUAGUUUUCUCUUAGUGCCGAGAUAAAACACCCAACAUCCAAAGUUAAAGGGGAAAAGGUUUAUU